CUUGUAUAAUUGUGACGACCUGUCUGCGGCUAGGCCAUAUACCAAACUUCAUUCAUAAAAAAGCAUCACUGUUUAUGCGGAGUAGUGAUAUCUUUCAAAAACGGCAUUACUGUGUAUAAGCCAAUAUUUUCAGCAUUCUUAUUCAUGACAUAAGUUGUCAAGUUGUAGGCUAAUACAGUCUGUCUGUGCUGUCGGUAGCUGUAGAAUUUGCCAUGAUGUUCGUUUUUACAAAGUGAAGUUAGCAUCGGCCUUUUGUGUUUAGGUUAAGCGGAAAGGCCACCUUAUGUCUCCCCGACGUGUGGAAUGAAUGACAGAUAAUCUGUGACGUCGCAAGAUGAUGAUGCAAUGCGAAGACAACAAGACUGUAGAGUCUCACAUCAUCAUGAGGAGGAGGAGGAGGAGGAGGAGGAGCCAUGAUGUUUCCCUGCAGCGCCCUGCCGCCUCCUCUCUACCCGGGUUUACUGCGUCCCCCGGCUGCUCUCUCCUCGCCUCUGACCCGGUCACUCCCCUCCGGCUUCCUGGUGGAAGAUCUUCUCCGAAUAAGCCAGCCUACAUACAGCUACAUACAUCGGACUUUCUCCUCCAGAAGCCCCGGGGACAUCCUCUCGCUCAGCCCGGGGCCGGACGCCCGGGCGUCAGGACUCAGCACAGAGCGGUCUGUGCUGCAGAGCUCCGGCCAGCAGAGCCGCAGCAGCUCCGGCUCCCCGCAGACUGCCUGCCCGGACUCCAGCUACCUGAAGUUCGGCGUCAGUGCCAUUCUGGCACCGUCCACACGGAACGCUUGCUCCUCUACUCCAGUCCAGAGUUUGCAGACUAAAUCCUUCCCUCUACCUUUCUUUGAUGGAAGCCUUCAUCCUUUCAUCAGAGCUUCUUGUUUCACAGCCUCUUCUUCUGUGGUUCCGGUCCCAGGGACGUUUUCGUGGCCCCUGGCCCCCAGAGGGAAGCCCAGGAGGGGCAUGCUGCGGCGGGCGGUGUUCUCAGACCUCCAGAGGAAGGCUCUGGAGAGAACUUUCCAGAAGCAGAAGUACAUCAGCAAGCCAGACAGGAAGAAACUGGCCAGUAAGCUGGGACUCAAAGACUCACAGGUGAAGAUCUGGUUUCAGAACCGGAGGAUGAAAUGGAGGAACUCCAAGGAGAGAGAGCUGCUGUCUACCGGCGGCUGCCGCCAGCAGACCCUCCCCACCAAAACCAACCCCCACCCAGACCUCACCGAUGUGGGCAGCACCUACUGCCACAGGCUGGACAGGACUGCACCCACCAGCCGAGAACAGCUGGACAGCCCCGAGUCACAUAUUCAUCACCACCACCACCACCACCAUCAUCAUCACAAUCCUUCCUCUCCAUCAGAGUCCAGCAAACAGUCAGAGCUGUCCGAGUCAGACGGCGAAGAAAUCACAGUUUCAUAAGAGCUUCAUUAAACUCAGCAGUGUGUCAAUCUGCUCUGUACAUGGCUGUGUUUUAUCAGCGUUUUCCCCUCAGUGCCAUAAAUCUGUACAGUUUGUGUAUAUUACUUUUAUAUGUAGUUCAGUAUAUUGUGUACACAGUAUAAAACAUGUACUGAGCUGUUUUAGAUUUAAUAUUUGUAGAUUGAAAUGUUUAAAACUCUUAAAUAUAUAAUUACUCUUUCCAUACAUAUUUGUAUUCUUUAUUUUCUCAAAUAAAGCUUGAAAAAGUCUCAUGACGUGUUGAUGUCUGACGUCCCACUGAUGUAAAACUACUGGAAUGUUAAGCUUAGAUUGCUGUGGUCUGAUGUGGUGUCAGCAUCAGGUAUGAAGAGUGUGAGCAGGAAGGCACUGGACUCAUUUUACCCCCCCAAAAAUAAAGUGAUUCAUAAGUAAAUGUGGCCCUAAAAGAGGUCAAAAGAAAACAGAAGUGAACUCAAAAUACA